CAACCUUUAGGUCUUUCAAGUCGGUACGUCUUCCUGACCCUGCACCAUAUUCAUUGAGAUUCCCCGAUCGUGCAUCGAUCUGGAAUUAUCAACGGAUUCCCUACCUCCCGAAUCAACCCCGCAGAUACCCUUCAAUUCGCACCUAUCCCACCGUGUGACAGCAAGACAUCUAACAUCUUCUCUCUCGAUCUCACAGUAACCGUCCAACGAAAGCAAUACCGCCAAGAUGGGUAAGGGAAAGCCUAGAGGUUUGAACGCCGCCCGCAAGCUCCGCAACCACCGCCGUGAGGAGCGAUGGGCCGAUCUGUCCUUCAAGAAGCGUCUCCUCGGAACCGCCUACAAGUCCUCUCCCUUCGGUGGUUCUUCCCACGCCAAGGGUAUCGUCCUUGAGAAGGUCGGAGUCGAGGCCAAGCAGCCCAACUCUGCCAUCCGAAAGUGUGUCAAGGUUCAGCUCAUCAAGAACGGAAAGAAGGUCACUGCUUUCGUUCCCAACGACGGUUGUCUGAACUUCGUCGACGAGAACGACGAGGUCCUCCUCGCCGGUUUCGGUCGUAAGGGCAAGGCCAAGGGUGAUAUUCCCGGUGUCCGUUUCAAGGUCGUCAAGGUUUCCGGUGUCGGUCUGUCCGCUCUCUGGAAGGAGAAGAAGGAGAAGCCCCGCUCUUAAAUAACGAAACGAAAAGGGAAAAAAAGGGGUGUUGGAAUCUUCUUCUUCAAAGAAAGCAACGGAAGGAGAUGGUUUUUUUCUCGGGAGCAUCACAGUCACUGGGAUAUGUUAUGUUAUCUGUAACUCUGGUCUGGAUCAGGCGGAUUAUGGUUCAGGACGGAUGACAUGCGAUGCGACUUGCAAAUACUACGAAUUGAUUCACUGCGCAAGAAAACCUUCAAAGAUGGCGUCAUGAAUACAAAUUUUUUCCUAUCUCUUUCUCUCUCCAUGAGAGGGGGUCAGAGGAUCUCUUCGAGAUAAAAAAUGAAGGAUGUUCUGACCAGUCUUUUCCGGAAAAUAAUCCUUCUAGAAAGCGUAAUGUGCCUGUGAUCUAUUCUAAGGUAGCCAGUGGCCCCAAACCCAAGAUCUAUAAGCACUCCCCAGACCUACUUCGUUAAAAUCUAAUAGAUUAUGGCCUACAAUCGAACGUGCGGGU